AUGGCCAAUUCUGACGAAAAAGAAUAUUUGCUAUUAUGCAUAUCUAUCUAUCUAUCUAUCUAUCUAUCUAAUCUAUUAACAUCUAUCUAUAUAUCUCAAUCUAAUAAUAUCUAUCUAUCUAUCUAUCUAUCUAUCUAUCUAUCUAUCUAUCUAUCUAUCUCAGUCUAUUUCAAUCUUUUCAUUAUCUAUCUUUAUAUCUAUCUAUCUCAGUCUGUCCAUUAUCUAUCUAUCUAUCUAUCUAUCUAUCUAUCUAUCUAUCUAAGUCUAUUAAUAUCUAUCUAUAUAUCGCAGUCUAUUAAUAUCUAUCUAUUUACCUAUCUACCUAUUUCAAUCUUUUCAUUAUCUAUCUAUCUAUCUAUCUAUCUAUCUAUCUAUCUAUCUAUCUAUCUAAGUCUAUUAAUAUCUAUCUAUAUAUCUCACUCUAUCUAUCUAUCUGUCUAUCUCAUCUGUCCAUUUUCUAUCUAUCUAUCUAUCUAUCUAUCUAUCUAUCUAUCUAUCUAUCUAUCUCAGUCUGUUCAUUAUCUAACUAUAUAUCUUUCUAUCUCGUUUCUUUAUCUAUCUAUCUAUCUAUCUAUCUAUCUAUCUAUCUAUGUAUGUAAUCUUAAUUGA